AUGGAUGAGAUCAAUGACGGUUCGACUGCCAUUCCAUACGGAAAAAAGACGGAGAAGUUCAAUGGAAUCGACUUCAAACGAUGGCAGCAAAAGAUGCUGUUCUAUCUGACAAUGCUAAACCUCGUACAGUUUCUGCAUGAAGACCCGCCAGCUGCUAUGGAAGGAAAGUCCGAUAAUAAGACUGCAUGCAAUAUGUGGAUGCACGGAGAUUUCCUGUGCCACAACUACGUUCUCAACGCAUUGGACAACGUGUUAUAUAACGUGUAUUGUUCGAUAGAAAUGGCAAAAUCUUUGUGGGAAUCACUUGAAAAGAAAUACAAAACCAAAAACGCCGGAUUGAAGAAAUUCAUCGUCGGAUGGUUUUUGGAUUUCAAGAUGAUGGAUUCCAAGAGCGUGACAUCUCAAGUCCAAGACAUGCAACUAAUAAUGCAUGAUCUGGAUGCCGAAGGCAUGAAACUGAACGAGUCAUUCAAACUAGUCGCGGUAAUCGAGAAACUCCCUCUGUCAUGGAAGGAUUUCAAAAAUUACUUGAAGCACAAGUAA